GUGGAUGUCAGACCAGCAGUCAGACAGACCCGCUACCAGACCCGCUACUAGACCCGAUACCCGCCUCUACAGUCCCCUGGACGCGGCAGGAGGAUCCGACCCGACGGACGGAGCUUGAUCUCGGCGUAAACGUGACCAGGCACGAUGUUGGACGUGGAGGGUGUUAUUAACAGCGGCGUGGAUGGUUAGCCGCUGGUUAGCCGCUGGUUAGCCGCUGGUUAGCCCACUAGUUAGCCGCUGGUUAGCCCACUAGUUAGCCCACUUCGUGCACACCUGACCUGCUCCAAGUUGACCUCCCAGCCCGACUCAGGACAGACAUGGACAACAAGGAGAAAGUCCAGCUGAGGCAUCACCCUCGCAGACCGAUGAAGAAGCUGAGCGAGGACAGCCUCACCAAGCAGCCGGAGGAAGUCCUCGAUGUCCUGGAGAAACUGGGGGAAGGGUCUUACGGGUGUGUGUUCAAGGCCAUUUAUAAAGAAACCGGGGAGAUUGUAGCCAUCAAACAAGUUCCUGUGGAGUCUGAUCUUCAAGAGAUCAUCAAGGAAAUCUCCAUCAUGCAGCAGUGUAACAGUCCGCAGGUAGUACGGUACUAUGGCAGCUACUUCAAAAACAGUGACCUGUGGAUUGUCAUGGAGUAUUGUGGUGCCGGAUCAGUGUCCGAUAUCAUCCGACUACGUAACAAGACGCUCACAGAGGAGGAGAUCGCAACUGUCCUGCACUCGACUCUGAAGGGUCUGGAGUAUCUGCACUUCAUGAGGAAGAUCCACCGAGACAUCAAGGCGGGAAACAUCCUGCUGAACACCGAAGGGCAGGCCAAACUGGCCGACUUCGGAGUAGCUGGACAGCUCACGGACACCAUGGCGAAGCGAAACACCGUCAUCGGUACACCAUUCUGGAUGGCUCCCGAGAUUAUUCAGGAGAUCGGCUACAACUGUGUGGCCGACAUCUGGUCGCUGGGAAUCACGGCCAUCGAGAUGGCGGAGGGCAAGCCGCCGUACGCCGACAUACACCCCAUGAGGGCCAUCUUCAUGAUUCCCACUAAUCCGCCUCCAACAUUUCGGAACCCAGAUCUGUGGUCGUCUAACUUUAAAGACUUUGUCAGCAAGUGUUUGGUGAAAAACCCGGAAGACAGAGCGACGGCGACACAGUUGUUACAGCAUCCCUUCAUCAAGUCUGCCAAGCCCAACAGCAUCCUGAGAGCCUUGAUCACUGAUGCCAUGGAGAUCAAGCUGAAGAGACAAGAGGAGGCAGAACAAAGGGAACAGGAAGCUGAAGACAAUGACAACUCGGACGAGGACGAGGUCGACCUGGGGACGAUGGUGCGGGCCGGAACCUGUGACUCCGGGACCGUCCGGGCCGCCGGCUCGUUAGCAAGUUCGCUCGGCGGGACGUUUGGGACGAUGAUAGAGCACGAGGACACGGGAACCAUGCAGUCGCAGCUUGGCACCAUGGUCAUCAACUCUGACGAUGAGGACGAGGAAGAAGCUGGCACUAUGAAAAGGAGAGACGAGACGAUGCAGCCGGCCAAGCCAGCCUUCCUGGAAUACUUUGAGCAGAAAGAUAAGGAGGCAAACAAUCACAACGACCAAGGAGGCAAAGGACAGAACAACGCAGACAACCGCAAACUGCCCUCUGAGGGAGAUCUGGAAGUGGUGAACUCGUGGUCGGUGGAGGAGCUGCGGGUGAAGCUCGCCUCUCUGGACCCUCAGAUGGAGCAGGAGAUCGAAGAGAUCCGUCAGCGCUACCAGGCGAAGCGGCAGCCCAUCAUCGACGCCAUCGACGCCAAGAAGCGGCUGCAGCAGAACUUCUGAGGGCGGUCAACGGAGGUUCCUGCAGCACGGCAGCGACGGGAUGUUUGAGCUCAUGCGGUUUGGAGGAGCGCCUCACAGAAUGUCCUGGAGUUUCCUGACCAGCAGACGAUGCAGUUGAAAUGUUUGGAAAGCUGUCGCGAGCGUGAGACCGUUCUCAUUUUGGAUUUGAACUGCUUAGUUUGUGGAGCUUUGAGACGAGAAGAAAACCCAAAGAGCCAGAGACAGAUUUAUUCUUUUACUUGAUGUCCAUGGUGAGAUGAUCGGCGCUCGAUAGAUGCUCAUUUACGUUUCUGGUUCUAAUAAUUUAAGACUUGACAGUUGAGAGAGUUUAGUUUUUAAUAUCUGAUCUGCACGUUCCUCACCGCUUGUUUUAAGCUCGUCGCAGUCGCAUCUCUGUCGGAGCAAAAAGAAACGUGACCGUCUUUGUUUGUUCGUUCGUUUUUCAGUCGUCUGGUACAAUAUGGUCCUACCUGCUGAUGCUUUGGUACUUGUCUUUUCUGGCUGCUGCUAAAUGUUUCAGCGUUUCCCCCCCAGACUGUGAAAUUCAACGAAAGGCUAAAAACUGUAAAAAAAAAAAAACAAAACAGGAUGCAGAUUACAGAUCUGUAACGUGAUGUGAUGGUUGAGUCCCAGCGCUGAAGGCGCAGCUGUUUAUCACUCAUAAAGGUGUUAGCGUAGAUGGGGAAGCCCUUUUUAAAAACAUCUCUAGACUAACUAGACCAGACUUGGUCAAAUGUUUCCAGUGAAGAAGCAACCGCGGGCAACACUGACAGCAGAAAUACGUCAGGUCAGUUUAUUUUAGAGUUUACCUCAACACUCAGACAAGGGGAUGUUUGAUUUUCCAGGGCAGCUUGUAGGGGUUACCACUCAAUACUGAGUUUAAGUGAGUCUGAACUCCCGUCAGAACUAAUUACAUUAUUAAAACAGCCCCAAUCCGAUCAAUAGAUUGUUGUUUAAGUAGAUGUUUUUUUUCUCUGAAUUGCAUUUGUUUCAGCCGCUGGCUGAACGGAGGUUCCCACCCGGUGGGUGUUCAGAGAAAUCUGGGGCGGUGAUGACAUGAUCUGUAAUUAAGAAACACACAAACUGCUUUGAUUACCCCCCAACAUUUAAUUUAGAAGAGUCAGUAUUUAGAAAGUUUAUAGCAGAAGCUAAAGGGCAUUUUUAGUCUAUUUUUCAACAGUUUUUUUCCUUUGUGUUCUUUUGAAUUUUCUGAUUAACAUUUGCAUCAUUGUUGUUGUUUGUUGUUGUUAUGAAAGCCUUUUGAACAUCUUAUCGUACUACUUACACAUGCUGGGGAGAGGUGGAGGUAAAGUAAACGUUGGUGGGGUCUUCCCACCUCCUCGGAUGUCCUUAGUUACUUUUGGAGAUCUUGAUCUCUGACCUGAAGGUCGCAGGGGAACAAGUUUUGGAGCUGAUGGCCUUAAAACGCAGAUGUGGAUUUGGAUGCCUCAUAUUCAUGGAGUUUGUUUGGAAUGACGACCUCCUGAUUGUUGAAUUCACCAAAAUGUUUGUAAUUGAUUUAAAUAACUUUUGCCUUUUGUUCAACCACUAGUGCCCUUCAAUGUGUUUUAAUUUGAAUGUAAGGGUUGCAGUUUAUUGCUUGGAUGUAUUUUUAUUACCCAGCACAGCAAACUCCACUAGUACAUUCAGACUGAACAGUCUGAGGGUUACGGGGGGGGCUGCAGACGGGGAUGCAGAGGGGAUGUAAACCGGCUGGUAAACCGGCCAGCGUUGCGUCGUAAUUCCUCCACCGCAUGUGUUGUCCACAGGCGGCUUCGUCAUCUUUCUGCUCCAGGUCGUCGAUUAGAACGGUACUUUUUACCGAUGUUUACAAGAUCUUUCCAGCGAUGCCCGGCAUCAUCUGGACCAACCCCAGAAAUGUUACAUCCACCUGGACCGAGAACAGGAAGAUGCCCUCAAGUUAGAAAAGCACCUCGUAUAAGCAAAACAAAAAAUAAAAAAAGCUUUUAUUAAAGCAGCUAAAGGAACUACAAUCAGCUGCAGUUCCUGCACAAAGAAGGAGGGGGUCUAACGGGAACCAUGAAAAGGUCCAAAGGCACCUUGUGAGCUCUGUCUCUUGAAACGGGAGAAAAAUUAGCUCGGCUCCAAUCCAACUUUACUUCUAACGUCCCCCCCGAGCAGCUUGUACACUUUUCCUUCAUCCAGCACAAAACAAAUAAGAUGAUAGGAGUUUAAAAAGAAACCAGCUUCUCAGGACACGAAACUCCUCAGGGGUGUAAAAUAGUUACAGCAGUGAAGAGAAACUACUAGAGAUAGUCGCGUCUGUAUAUAUGAGCAACACCCGGCUGCUGGUGUGUGUUCGUGCACGAGCGUCCAGUUGAUUACUGACUGAAACUAUUGAGCUGUUUAUUAAUAAGUCAGAAUGGAGGAAGAAGAUAGCUUCUACCUGUUUUUAUGUAACGUAAUGAGCACAAAUCUUUGUUACAGCAGAGCUAAAGGGAUUAUCUUCCUCUAACAUGCGUAGUCUUCAUGCACUGCCUUUCUGUGUGCAGGUUUUUUUUUUUUUGUGAUCAAACCGUAAAAACUGAUUACUUUGCUUAAGUGAUGCUGCACAAAAAAAAGGGACCAAUAUUAAAAGUAAUGUAGCCUUAUUGUUAUUUAAAAAAAAGAUGCAUGAUUGGUGCUGCCAGUCGUUACUCUGCUGUUUUUGGAUUAAACGUGCAUCAAAUGAAGUCGAGACCACUGGAGAUCGGAGCCGGAACUUUCUGACGUCAAACCACGUAAAGCACGAUGAGCCACUCUUUCGUAAACGUUUGGUUAUUAAAUGUCUUCCAUGGUUUUAGAUCCACUCAUGACUGUUUUAUACAUAACUCAAACCACUCUGUGCUGCAGUACCAGCUCUGGCCACACGGGGGCAGUUGGAUCUGCUGUGCUGACGAGUCACUGUUAUUAUUGUUAAUGAGUGAAGACUCAACUCUGCCCCCUAAUGGUCAGACGUGGAAAUGCUACAGAUUUACUUAAAAUAGCAGGCUACUUAGAUUUUGUACUAAAAUAUUCUUAAGUAAAAAUGUAAUGACAGUUUAAUUCUUCUGUGAUUAUUCACGGUGCGUGAAGCAGAUGUUGAAUUGGGAUUAAUCACUAUUUAAAUAAUUACCUCAGUGGUAAAUUCGACCGCUGUUCUUCAUUGGGUGUUUGUUUUUGUUUUUUCAGUCUUUCAUCUUUGUUUUCUGGGUUGUUUUUUUUUAAACUUCACCGCUGUAUCUGAGCUUGUCUUAGAAGUUGGUAAGCACGGUAAACGGACAGUUAUCGGUGUUCGUAUAGGAAACUGUGAUACUUGCAAAGGUGAACAAAUAAACUAUGAUAAUGGAGGAGGAAAGUAAUUCACAGGAAGCGUCGGGUGAACAAGGAACCGCAGCACGUUUUCACUCAACUCAGCUGUUGCUUCAUGUGUCGGCCUCUUCUAUGUGCGAAAUCUUCCUGUGAGCAUGUGCAGAUCUGCCUUACACACGAGUCAAGCGUGCCUGCAUUUGUUUACGUGUUUGCUUUGUGUAUUUCAUUUGUUUUGUUUCCUCAAUAAAGAAUAUAGGAAUCCUGCA